AUCACAGAAAAACUUUUAUCGCUGAACAAUCUAGGAAAAUAUCUUAAAUUAGGAUUGCAGUCUUGAUCUAUCAGCUGAACACCAAACAUUCUUUACAUGGAAUUAAAGACAAUUUAAUUCGAUGCAAAUAGAGGCAUGUACUCUCUUUCUAUAAUGGGAGAAUAAUUCAAUUCUUUUACAAUCUAUCACAAUCAAUGUCAACCAAAAAACUUGCUGAAAGAUAAAGAUAAGCCAAGAUAAACAUGUUUUACUGCACAUCUGCUUCAGUCGAAGACAUCUUUACAAGUGGUUUCAUUGAGAUGUUUCCAGUGAUGGAUCGGGAAGCAGAGUUGAUAGCACAUCGUUACAGAACACUGUACAAUGAGGAAAAAAUGUCAGACAUAAAGUUUACUUGUGGUGAAGACCCCUUGAAGCAAGUGAUAUAUGGCCACAAGUUAAUAUUGGGAGCAGCCAGCGAUGUAUUUGAAAGGAUGUUUUAUGGUGGUUUGAAGGAGUCUCAGGGUAUCAUCCACAUUCCAGAUAUAAGCAGAGAUGACUUCCUAGAGAUUCUCAGAUAUAUCUACUGUGGGGAAGUCCAACUUACAGCUGAGAAUGUUCUAGAGAUAUUACAUGGAGCAAGGAAAUACCUUGUGGCCAACCUUGAGAAGCAGUGCUGGAGAUACCUCAACGACAACCUGUGUGUUGAGAAUGCAUGCAUGCUCCUAGAAGUUGCCAUUAAAUUUGAUGAGGACAAACUCAAGUCAAAAUGCUUGAGAGUGAUACGCCAGAAAACAGAUGAAAUUAUCAAAACUGAGAGCUUUUUCAGGAUUUCCCAAAAUGCGUUGAAUAUGAUUUUACAGCUUAAUGUACUCAAUAUGGCAUCAGAAAUUGAUGUAUUUCGGUUUGUUGUCAGAUGGGCAGAAGAUCGAUGCGAAGAGUUAAACUCUUCAAAAGAUGGCGCCACAAUGAGAGAAACAAUAGGGGAUGCAUUAUAUAAUCUGAGACUUUUAGAAAUUUCUACCUCUGACUUAGGAUGUAUAGUUGCUCCAACAGGAAUACUGCAGCCCCAGGAAGUUGUAGAUCUUCUGAUAUACAUAACUGCUGGGAGCAAAAACCAUGAUAAGCUGACCAAGUUCUCGAAAGAAAAGCGGAAAUAUACCAUUGAGAUUGAACAGACUCAUAAUAACUUAAAAAUUGAAGACUCUAAAUCUACUAUGAAAAGUCGAAGAAUAUUUGGACGUCGCAAGAGUUCAAGUUCCAAUAUGAAAGCAGAACAUUGGUAGAUUCAAAUACAAGAUAGACAGCACUUAGCAGUAAUAUGUUCAUCAAUGGCUAAUUCUUUGUAAAAUAUGACAGAAAUAUGAAAUGUUUUUGCUACCCUGUUAACUUUCUCUAUUAAUUGAAUGAACUGUAAGUGUGUUUUGUAAGAUAGCUAAACACUUUUUAUGUACAUAUACAUUACACAAGUCUUUUAAAACAACUUGAAACAGCAACUCCCAGGAGAAGCAAAUAACAAAACACAUUAUAUCAAAGCAAUCAUUGUUUUACAAUAUAGUACUAUGAUACAAAAAAACAAGUAGCAGUUUUGUCCCAUUUUUGGAUCUACAUCCAUGGACAUGAUGCCAU